AUGCAGGCUUCCAUCUUUCUCAAUGCUGAGGACAAACAGAAGAUAAGCAGUCUUGAGGCAGAAGUAGCGCGUUUGAAGUCAUUACCCCCUCCGACUUCUGCAGCUGAGAGUUCGUCGCAAGACCUGAAUGCAUUGAAGGAAAGAAUUGGCAAUUUGGAGGAAGAAAAUGUGAAGCUUAGCAAUGACCUAACGUCUAAAAUUGGGGAAUAUGAGGAGGUGAAGUUCCGUCUCAACGCGAUGGCCCCCUCAUUUGAAAAAGCGCAAGCCCGUGUAGCUCAGUUAACUACCGAGAAGACAGAAUUAAUGGCUCGCAUUGCU